GAGGAGACCGAAAGAGGAUCCUCUCGAAAACACGAAACUCCAGAAGCAAUCUAGCAGAACUUCGCCGAGAAGGAAAUUAACGGAGCAAACGCCGGCGACGGAGCUCUGAUUAUCUACUUGCUGCAAUGCUCCACUCACAAUUCCACCAUCUCCAUCUUCGCCCACAGCUUCCGAUUCUCUCCUGCUCUCCCAGCUCCUCCACCGGCUCGCUACCAAUUAGAACUGUAAAUCCGACGCUUCGGCGGAUGCAGCCGUUGAUCGGAGUUGAGACAGUGAGGUGCAUGGCGAAUCCGAGGAGAGUGAGGAUGGUGGCGAAGCAGAUUCAGAGAGAGCUUUCCGACAUGCUUUUGACGGAUAAGGUCUUGCAGUACGCGAUUCUCCCUGAGGCUGCCUUGGGAGCUGAUAGGUACCUUUCCUCGCUUACCACCAUCAGCGACGUCCAAGUCUCCGGAGACUUGCAGGUGGUGAAAGUAUUUGUAUCUGUCUUCGGUGAUGAUAGAGGGAAAGAGGUUGCACUUGCUGGGUUGAAAUCGAAGGCUAAAUAUGUAAGGGGUGAGUUAGGGAGACGAAUGAAGUUGCGUCUGACUCCAGAGAUUCGAUUUAUAGAAGACGAAGCCAUGGAGAAGGGAAGCAGGGUGAUUGCUAUACUGGACAAGAUAAAGUCCAAUAAGGGUCCUGCCCGUAAUUUUGACGUAGACGGUUCUGAGUCUUCUGGGGAUGACGAUGAUGGGGAUUGGGAGGGUGAUGAUCCUGAAGAAGGAAUUAUUUAUGUAGACUAAAUGGUUUGGGCCAGUGUAUCUCCUCCCAGUGGUCUCUCCCUUCUAGCAACAGCCCUCCUGGAUUUAAAGUGAGUUCUUCCUUCUGAAUCAAACCUGUUUUCACUGUUUAUGUCCAGUAGUGAUUGUAAUGCCAUGUUACUUGUUGGGAAAUUUCAUCCUGGCUUUAUGUAGUAUCUACCAUUUUAGUUAGGGGGAGGUUUUUGUGUGCAUUUCAUAAAACCAUUCAACAUCUGAUUUAGAGCUAAUUAUGAGUUAUGACACUCUGUCUAUGCUGUACCACUGAUCAAUAAGUCUCUUAAUCAUUGCACACUUCACUCGAUCUGCUACCGAUGAUGCAUGCCUUUAUGGGCAAAGGGCACAACUCACUUUUGGUUCUCAAUUGUGAAUGUUGUAUUUGAUUGAUUAACUGAGCUCCCUCACAAGUCUGAUAAUUUGUCGUUCAUGUCAAUUCAGAACUGGAUGAUGACUAGAACAGCUUCAUUUGGCAUGGAUUGGAAUAUUACUAGAAGUGGGUAGAAGCAGAUCAUCUCAAUUCGGCAAUGCUUGAAGAAAUCCACAGAGCUCCUGUUGUCUGAUUUUGACUGCCCUCGUCGACACCUUCCAAAUACACCUAAAUCGUUUCUGCGUCAUAUGUAUACCUGUAAUUUUUAUGUCUUGUGCUGCUCUCUUACCUUCCGAAAUGUGCACUCUUUAUGUUCUCGGUCUGUAUUUUUACCAGGUGGUUCUGGAGAAAUGGGAAGCCUAUCCGAUCCUCCACCUCGUUUAGUGUUGUUUUAGGGCCAGCGCAUGUUCAAUGACUCAUACCAUGAAGAGGAAGUUUGCUGAAGUCGAACAGAGCUGCUCAAUUCUGGGCUCUGGUAUAUUGUGAGGUUCCCUUUCAACUCAAUAGGCAGAGUGGUGACUCUUCGUUGAUAUAGUUUUCCCUUCUUGAGCAAUCACUCUGAUGUAAUAAGACAUUUCGUUUUGU